GACAUCGAGAGGGAGGUAGAGGGACAGCGGGUGGUGGUGGUGGGGGGGGGGUGUGGAACUUCAGCAGGAGCCGGGAGGAUGAUUGGUGGAUUCCAAAGUCCACACGAAGUCUUCACUCAGACCCGGAGAGGAGAGCUGAAGAGGAAAGCAAGGAAGAGCCACGACCCCCCAGAUGGAGAUGGACAGUAAACCCCAACCACGGCAGCGGCGCCGCUGGCCCUCGAAGAGCCUUCUCAUCUUGGGUGCCGCGCUCAUCCUGGGCCUGUCCCUGGCCCUGGGCCUGGGCCUUGGCUUGGGCCUCAAGGGCUCGGAGUGCGACGAGAAGGGGGAGAGCACCAAACCUCCUCCACCUAGCGGCAGCACCACAGCCCCCCCGGUGCCCCCCACCGACCCCCCUGGAUUUUGCCCCCCACGAUCCUCCGUUGGCGAUGGUCCUUGGAACGAUUUCCGUCUGCCCAGGGACACUGUGGCGCAACACUACGACGUGGACAUCGAGGUGCCCGACUUGGCGGGCUCCACGUACAACGGCGAGGUCCGCAUCCGCCUCUCGCUGGCGGCGGGCCGGCCCCCCGGCCCCUACCUGCUGGUGCACGUCCGCGGCCAGACGCUGACCGCGCAGCCCGUCCUCGACGAGGUCGUGGGGGGCUCGCUGGUGGCGGUGGGGGUGGCGGACUGCUUCUGCUGGCGGGGCAACGAGUACCUGGUGGUGGAGGCCUCGCGGGCGCUGCAGGCGGGAGGCCACGACGUGCUGCUCACGCUGAGCUUCUCGGCGCCGCUCACAGGGACGCUCGUCGGCUUCUACAGCGUCGCCUACGUCGUGGGGGGCACCACGCGCUACAUCGCGGCCACGGACCACGAACCCACGGACGCGCGCAAGUCCUUCCCGUGCCUGGACGAGCCCGACAGGAAGGCGACAUUCACGGUGACGCUCUCCUACCCCAGGGAGUACUCGGCGCUCUCCAACAUGCCGCCAGAGGAGAAUGGCACUCACAGCUCGGGGCUGCUCUGGACGAGGUUCGCGCGCUCUGUGCCGAUGAGCACCUACCUCGUCUGCUUCGCCGUGCACCAGUUCAUCUUCGUGGAGCGCACCUCGUCACGCGGUGUGCCGCUCCGCGUGUACGUUCAGGAGGAGCAGGAGGUGACGGCCCAGUUUGCUGCGAACGCAACCCUCGUGAUCUUCGACUACUUUGAGAGCUACUUCGGCAUGAACUACUCGCUACCCAAGCUGGACCAGAUCGCGAUCCCGGACUUUGGGACGGGCGCCAUGGAGAACUGGGGACUGAUCACGUACCGCGAGACCAACCUCCUCUACGAUCCCCGCGAGUCAUCCUCCUUCAACCAGCAGCGCGUGGCAGCAGUCGUGGCACACGAACUCACGCACCAGUGGUUCGGCAACAUCGUGACGAUGGAGUGGUGGGACGACCUGUGGCUCAAUGAGGGGUUCGCCAGCUACUUUGAGUUCCUGGGAGUGCACAGCUUCCUGCCAGAGUGGAGGAUGAUGGACUACAUCAUGAUCGACGACGUGAUGCCGGUGAUGGGCGACGACGCGCUCACCUCCUCACACGCCAUCAUCGUGAACGUCACCACGCCCAGCGAGAUCACCGCCGUCUUCGACUCCAUCUCCUACAGCAAGGGCGCGUCGCUGCUGCGGAUGCUGUCAGACUGGAUCGGGCAAGACACGUUCCAGCGGGGAUGCCAGAACUACCUGAGACAUUUCUACUUCAGGAACGCGAAGACUGAUGACUUCUGGGAGGCGAUGGCUCAGGUGAGCGGCCAGCCCGUGAAGGAGGUGAUGGACACGUGGACCAGGCAGAUGGGGCUGCCCCUCAUCUCCCUGCGGGGGGGCGGUGGUGCCGUGGGGUUCUCCGUUGAGCAGCGGCGCUUCCUGCUCGACCCCGACGCCGACCCCCAGCAGCCCACGUCGCCCUUCCGGUACACCUGGCAUGUUCCGCUGAAGUUCUACACCAGCGCUAGCAACGUUCAAGACUUCCUGAUGUUCAACAUGACCCAGUCAGCGGUGUCUCUGACCCCUGACCCCACGUCCAGCUGGCUCAAGCUGAACCCUGACCACGUGGGCUUCUACCGCGUCACCUACAGCCCCCAGCUGUGGGCUGCCCUCCUGCAGCAGCUGCAGGACAACCACACGGUGUUCUCCGAUGGUGACCGUGCCGGGUUCAUCGACGACGCUUUCUCAUUGGCCCGGGCGGGGCUACUGCCCUACGAGACGGCGCUGAACGUGACGCUGUACGUGCAUGCCGAGCGGAGCCUCUUCCCCUGGGACCGCCUGCUGGCCGCCGUCGCUUACCUCCGCGACAUGCUGGAGGACACGCCCCUCUACCCCCUCUUCCAGACAUACUGGCGGCAGCAGGUGACGCCCAUCACCUCUAAGCUGACGUGGAACGAUGAGGGAGAGCACUUGGACAAGCUGCUGCGUGAGCAGGUGCUGGGCCUGGCGUGCCGCAUGGGCGAUGAGGAGGCCCUCGCAAACGCCACCAACCUCUUUGAUGCCUGGAAGAGUGGGCAGAGCAUCGCGCCCAACGUGCGACUCCUGGUGUACCGCUACGGCAUGCAGCAGCACAGCGACGACGCCUCCUGGGAGUUCAUGCUGCAGAGCUACAUGCAGAGCCCGCUCGCCCAGGAGAAGGACAAGCUGCUGUACGGCCUCGCCUCCACCCACAGCGUCUCGCAGCUCGCACGGUACCUGGAGCUGCUGAAGAACGAGUCCGUGAUCCGCUCGCAGGACAUGUUCACCGUGCUACGCUACAUCUCGCUCAACCCCUACGGCAAAACUAUGGCCUGGGACUGGACCCGGCUCAACUGGGAGUACCUGGUUGGACGGUUUGGCAUCACGGAUCGCAACCUGGGUCGCCUGGUGCAGCGAAUCAGCACCUCCUUCAACACGGAGCUGCAUCUGUGGCAGAUGGAGUCGUUCUUCUCGCUGUACCCGGAGGCCGGUGCUGGUGCCAGCUCGCGGCUGCAGGCGCUGGAGACGCUGCGGACGAACAUCGCCUGGGUACAGCAACACCAGGGCAGCGUGGGGGGCUGGCUGCAGGAGCACGUGUAGCGGGGUGACUCACGGGGUGACUACGGGGUGACUACGGGUGACUACGGGUGACUCACGGGGUGACUCACUGGGUGAC